CUUCCGUUGCCGGAGUAAAUGUAUGAAUCGCUCACCAUAUCUAAGAAAAAGCAAUGUCUUAUAAGUUUAAUUCCUUAGCAGGAAGGUUAACCAAGUCAAGCGCCUUUGCGGCUUACAUUCCCCAGGGAUUGAAGGCAAGCCCUGUGAUUCGGGCACCAAUUGUAUGGGCACAGAAACCAACAACUAGUCAGGAUGCUGAAGGUGUCAAAAAUCAAGUUUAUGAAAGGCAAAAACAGUUUCAGAGAAAUAAGGAGAUUCCUGUUCAUCUGAGAGGUGGAAAUGUUGAUGUUAUAUUAUAUAGAAUUACCUUGAUAGGCUGUGUGUUUGGAACUUUUUGGACAAUCUAUGAACUUGCCAAAGCAUCAUUUCCCAAAUCAAAUGAUUAAAGAACUAAAACCUGUUGUAGAAUGCUGCAAGCUUUCCACAUGUUAUUCCUUACAGCUGAGACCGCUACUUGAACUGUUCAUAUGUUUGCUAUUGACAAGAAGUCUUAUAUGAAAAUGUCUUAUAUGAAAAUUUAAUAAAUACAAUUUGAUUUGAGUUUGUAUUUUGUUGCAUUUAGUCAAAUGUGAGACUUGUUUUAAAUUCACUGGAUAUUAUGCAUAUUAUGCUUCUUAGCCAAAAAUUAAAAUUGAUUACUAAAUAUAUGCCAUACAGCGAAAA